AUGAAGUUCUCUGCAGCCUUUUCUACCUUUAUGGUAGCUGGCCUGGUUGUCGCGGCUCCUCCUGCUCCACGCCCUACUGAUAUCCAACCUCACCACCACCCCAACCCUCCUCCUAACUUUCCUCUUUCCAAGCCUCACGACAACAAUAAGCGUGACGGGCCAGAGCCUCCUAGAGAUGAGCCUACACCCGACGCUCCCAAGCCAGCGAAUGAUCCCCAGCCCCAUGAUCAGCCCAAGCCCAUUCCCCAACCUCCUAAGGACGGGCCCCUUCUCAGUGACCCGAAUACCCCACAGAAGCGCAAUGAUGGACCGAAGCCUCCUAAGAACCCUCAGCCAAAACCUCAACCUCAGCCGAAGCCCCAGCCCAAGCCCAAGCCCCAGCCGAAGCCUCUCGACGACAAGCCGCAGAAUCCGCCUAGGCCCAACUAGGUGAUGUGAGAUGGUGUUGCUGGGAUAGUUGUUGCGUCAGUGGAUGAGUGUAUGCUUGUUCAAAGGGAAAGAUGCUCCCGCUGUUGUUUCUAUGGGUAGAUAAAAGUUAAUCAGAUAGAAUAAUGAGCAAAAGUUUUCUUCGAUAUAUGCAGCUUUAUUCAGGAUUUAUACAUUGGAUUCGUAAUACGUAUCGGGAAGGGAGUCGAUGUGUGUUUGAUCUGUAGAGAAUCCG